GAGUGUCAAACCACAAACAACACAACAAGGCAAAAACAAAUACAAAAUGGAGAUAGAAAGAGUUCAAGAAAUAGCCACACUCUCAAACAUAAAUGGUACAAUCCCAAAAGAGUUCAUAAGAUUAGAAAACGAACAACCAGCGACCACCACCAUUCACGGGGUGGUGCUGGAGGUUCCAGUGAUUGAUCUUAGCCACCCUGAUCAACAAUCUUUGGUGGCUUCGAUAUUUGAAGCCAGCAAGGAUUGGGGAAUUUUUCAGGUUGUGAACCAUGGGAUACCAAAUGAACUAAUAAGCAAGUUACAAAAAGUUGGAAAAGAGUUCUUUGAGCUACCACAAGAAGAGAAAGAAGUGAUUGCUAAACCAAUUGGAUAUCAAGGUGUUGAAGGGUAUGGAACAAAGCUACAAAAGGAAGUUGAAGGGAAGAAAGGAUGGGUGGAUCAUUUGUUUCAUAGGGUUUGGCCACCUUCUGUUAUUAACCAUCAAUUUUGGCCAAAGAACCCUCCUUCAUACCGGGAUACAAACGAAGAAUACACACAAAGCUUAAUAGGGGUAGCAAACAAUCUACUUGGGUUGUUAUCAAAAGGGCUCGAACUGGAAGAACACGAACUAAAACAGGGUUUAGGUGGUGAAGACCUGGUCUAUAUGUUAAAAAUCAACUACUAUCCACCAUGCCCAUGUCCUGAGCUUGCUCUUGGGGUCGUACCUCAUACCGACAUGUCUUCAAUCACCAUACUUGUCCCAAAUGAAGUCCAAGGUCUCCAAGUCUUCAAAGAUGAUCAUUGGUAUGAUGUUGCUUACAUCCCUAAUGCUCUCAUUAUCCACAUUGGUGACCAAAUUGAGAUAUUGAGCAAUGGAAAGUAUAAGAGCGUUUAUCACAGAACAACGGUGAACAAGGAGAAAACAAGGAUGUCUUGGCCAGUGUUUUUGGAGCCACCACCAGAGUUUGAGGUUGGACCGAUUCCAAAGCUCAUUAAUGAAGACAAUCCACCAAAGUACAAGACUAAGAAGUUCAAAGAUUAUGUCUAUUGCAAGCUAAACAAGCUUCCACAGUAAAAAACUUAUAUAAUCCUAGAUGUUAAAUAAAAAGCGCAUACGUGUGUACGUACGUGUCUAUACGUGUGUGUGUAAACACUUUUGCGCGUUUAUGUGUUGAUUUUCUUUAAUGCUUGUAAUAUCAAACUAUGACCGGUCAGCUUAAGUUCAGAAGAGCGAAUCAUCCAUAUGCUUUGUUGUUUUUGUUA